AUGACAGAACGGUGAGUUAAACUUGAGAGUAGUUGAUAUUUAGUCCCCCGUUACCAUGUGCCGUGAUAAUUUCAACAUUUAGUAAGGACGACGAGCAACAUAGUCUAGAAGAUCGCCAGCGUCCCAUCGUUUAUCAUGCCGAUUACAAUGUAUCUGCGUUUGGAAUCGAACAUUUCCAUCCGUUCGACUCGUGGAAGUGGAAAAGAGUCAUCGAUUAUCUGAAGGAAUGGGAGCUCAUCACUGAUGCCACGAUCGUCGAACCGACUCUUCCGACGUUUGAAGAGCUCACCAGAGUUCACGACAGAAAGUAAUUAUAUUGUUUACAAAGAGUUCUAGCCAGUGCGGUAGAGCGCAAUAACUAACCGAUUGUAGAUAUCUGAAAAGCGUGCGAAAUCCUCUGAAGGCGGCCCAAAUAGUUGAAGUGGGAUUCGUGACGUGUCUGCCGCCGUGCGUGAUCGAGAGCAAACUUCUUCAUCCUCUCCGGUACUCCCCAUCCACCCUCCUGCCCGUUUCAAACGAUUUCGUGUUCAGACUUCAAGCCGGCGGUUCGGUCCUGGCUGCCAAUUUGGCUUUGAAGCACGGCUGGGCGAUCAACGUGGGCGGCGGAUUCCAUCACGCGUCACGUAUGUUUUGCCACUAGUCGCCGUCGAGGGAUUGUAUUAAUACAGCCAGCAAUUAUCGUUGCUUUCAGACGCGGACGGCGGCGGAUUCUGUUUUUACGCCGACAUCACCAUGGCAAUCCGCGAUUUGUUCGAAAGAAGAGCGGUGAAGAACGCGAUUGUUGUCGACUUGGACGCGCAUCAGGGGAACGGCCACGCGCGCGACUUCGCCGACGACGAGCACGUCUUCGUGUUUGACGUCUUCAAUCCGUACGUGUAUCCGCACGAUCGCGAGGCUCGCCAGUUCAUCAACAAGGCGGUGCACGUGGAUCGUCACACGACCGACACCUCCUACCUCUCGUACGUGCCGCCGCGCCAGCUUCAUCUCACUGACCCAGAUCUUUUCAGCGAAUUGCGUAAACAACUGAAGAAGUGUCUGACUGACCGCGAGACGCGAACACCUCCUGGAUUCGACUUCAUUCUGUACAACGCCGGAACGGACUGUCUUUACGGAGAUCCACUGGGUGCAAUGAACUUGAGCCCACAGGUAAAGUGAAACGAAUACUUUAAGUACCAUUUUGACUUCUUUCAGUGCAUAAUCUCUCGUGACGAGGUGGUUUUCGAGAUGGCCAAGUCGAGAGGCAUCCCCAUCUGCAUGCUAACAAGCGGUGGAUACCAGAAGAGCAACGCGUUGCUCAUCGCCAAGUCGAUCGAGAAUCUCAAUGAAAAGAAACUGAUCAAUCUCUGCUGA